GCAAAGCGAAGCCGACAAGCUUGACCCAUUGAGCUCACCGUCGUUCUCAUUGUACUGCCGUUGAGCUACCGUGCAACCUGAGAGGCAGGUGUUGUUCGUUAGAUAGCGGAAAGUUAUCCAAACCAAUAAACACACGGAUAUAACUGUGCUUCUUUAGCUUCUAUGCCCUCGCCUACUUAUAGUCGUACUCUGACGGUCCUUUCGUGUUAGUGUUCUCGCCGAGCUGGCUAAUGUGCGGUAGCUAGCUAACCAACGACAACCUUGUAAAGGAAAAACAAAGCGCAGUUCUCAGCUAAAGUUAAGUGAGGUCGCUGGUCGUGUGUGGCAUAAAGCUUUACGUUUCGAGAAUGAAUGUUCCUAAAACUGGUUAUCGGGUGUUUUCCGCAAACUCUUCCGCAGCAUGCACAGAGCUGGCAAAGAAGAUAACAGAACGACUGGGAGUUGAACUGGGGAAAUCUGUGGUUUUUCAGGAAUCUAACAGAGAGACUAGAGUGGAUGUAAAAGAGUCUGUACGUGGGCAGACCAUCUUCAUCAUCCAGACCAUACCGAGAGAUGUCAACACAGCCAUCAUGGAGCUUCUUGUCAUGGCUUAUGCCCUCAAGACUUCCUGCGCUAAGAACAUCAUUGGAGUUAUUCCAUACUUUCCCUACAGCAAACAGUGCAAAAUGAGGAAGAGAGGCUCGAUAGUGUGCAAAUUAUUAGCUUCAAUGUUGGCUAAAGCCGGGCUGACGCACAUCAUCACCAUGGACCUGCACCAGAAAGAGAUCCAGGGCUUUUUCAGCUUUCCAGUGGAUAACCUGCGUGCCUCCCCUUUCUUGAUUCAGUACAUCCAAGAAGAGAUUCCUGAUUACAGAAACGCCAUCAUAGUGGCAAAGUCCCCUGCUGCAGCCAAAAGAGCUCAGUCUUAUGCAGAACGGCUCCGUUUGGGUCUGGCUGUGAUUCACGGUGAGGCCCAAUGUUCUGAGUCUGACAUGGCUGAUGGGAGACACUCCCCACCGUGUGUGCGCAACACCACAGGACACACAGGACUGGAACUACCACUAAUGAUGGCCAAGGAGAAACCUCCGAUUACUGUAGUUGGGGAUGUGGGCGGAAGAAUUGCCAUCAUUGUGGACGACAUCAUCGAUGACGUGGGAGACUUUGUUGCAGCUGCAGAGAUCCUGAAAGAAAGAGGGGCCUAUAAGAUCUAUAUAAUGGCCACGCACGGUUUACUUUCUGCGGACGCUCCACGCCUCAUUGAGGAGUCAGCCAUUGAUGAGGUGGUCGUGACGAACACGGUGCCCCACGAAGUACAGAAGCUCCAGUGUCCAAAAAUCAAGACGGUGGACGUCAGCAUGAUACUGGCCGAGGCCAUUCGCCGCAUCCAUAACGGAGAGUCCAUGGCUUACCUGUUCCGCAACAUCACUGUGGACGACUAGAGUCAGAGCCACAUUGAGACCAGAUCCACAGCUGCCCGGGGCGCAUCACCAUCCAUCUGUUGUUUGAGUCAGGACUACAUGAUUCACAUGUGUCCCAAGCCGUUUAAAGAAAUGCUUUAAAUUCCUCCAAGGGAUUUCU